AUGCGAUUUCAGAGUCUUUUGAACCUCAUCUCAUUCUAUGUGGUUUUGGCUCAACAGAUCUCCAAACUUACCGAUGAGAAAGGUGCUACCGAAUCCAUCCCUCAGAUGGAUUUCGUCGUGUUCGAUAAAUUGAGUGAACUGGAAACCAAGGUAUAUUUGUUGGAGCAAGAACUCCAAGAGAAGGAUGCCACUAUAGUCACGCUAUCUGCACGUAUUCAAGAAUUAGAAGCGUGCAUUGCUAAAUCAUCUACGUCUACCGAAACUGUCGUGACAUCCGAUUUGGGCAUUCUGGAACCUGGAGUAUUAGCUGUUCCCCUGACGGAAAUAGGCCUUCGCAAAGGAGACGGACACAUGGACACAGAAGAAACCGAGGUGGCUCUGACAGUUCAUUCACCAGUGAUGUCUCACAGUCUGGACAAAGCAAAAAUCACCGAACACGUAGACACCGCUAUCGAUCACUUUCAAACGAUGGGGUUGAUAAGCGUAGUCAUUCGAGAGAUUCAUUGUGAAAUCAUAUACGACGAAGAUGAUCGGAGAUAUGCGUUGAUGGAUCGCGAUUCUGAAUCCGGGACCUAUUUGAAUGGGCGCAUACUAGCCCAGGUAAGUUGCUGA